AUGGAGGAUUGUAAAACGUUUACAUUUGGUCUGUGCGGUAAGAGCAAAAAUCACUUCGAAACGAGAAAUGAAUGUCGCGACCGUUGUCAAGAAAUUGGCCUACACGAAGCAAGAGCAAAUGUUUCGGAAAAGAUAUAUUGCCGUUAUCAGCCGGACUUUGGAGACUGUAAUAACUACCAUCCGAUGUUUUAUUUUGACAUAACGCAACGCUUCUGCAGAGGCUUCUCGUACAGCGGUUGCGGAGGCAACUUGAACAGAUUUCCCAAUGCUCAAAUAUGUACUGCCGUAUGCGCAGGCGCAGUAGAGUAUUAUUAAAUAAUUUUGCUUUCUAAA